AUACACAUUUUUUUUUUCUUUAUAAUCCUCGAAUAUAUUCUUUCUUUAUUUGUUGAGAAUUUUUUUUUUUGAUUUAAUUGUGCAUGGUUAUCUUUUUAGCAUUCCCUUCCUUUUCCCCCAACGAUUUUUCAUGGAGUAAUGAUUUUUAUUGUUUCUUUAAUUGAAUACAUUAUUUUCUCUUCGAUUAGUAAUUCGGUUAUUAUAUACAAAACAAUUCUCUCAUAUCAAACAAUUUCCCCUUUCUUUUCUGGGAUUUGUUUAUCGUUUUAGGUUAUUUUUACUAGUCAUUGAUUUGGUGCUUGGUGUUUUGUUAGUCUUGAUUAGGUUGAAUCCUUCCCGUUUAUUUUAAUUUUGUUCUUCAAUUUCACCAUUGUUCCUAGAAGAUUGAACAAUUUGGGGAACUGGGGUUUCUUUCUCAAUUCGUAAUAUCAUCCGGAUAUGUUCCAAUUGUCAACAAUUUUAGAGUAUCAAUCAGGGACAUAUGAAGCCACUAUCAUAAUCAGAUAAAGUUGUAUGCUAUGGAAACCAUUGUGAAUGAAGAAAUAGACACAGAUAUUAUUAGUCAAUGUGAGACAGUGAAAGUCAAACGACUUGUUAGGCGUACAAGUUCACCAAGAUAUCAACUCUCUGAUACAACCACUGAACCACAGAUUUCUCAUAAUAAGCAAAUGAAGGAUCGAUGUUCUAAAAACACCCCGAAAGAUGAUCAGAGUCUUGAGUCAACAGGCAGCCCUCGGAAUCAAAAGAUAACAGCUAGAUGGGAUCCCUCUGAGGCUUGUAGGCCUAAUGUAGAUGAAGCACCAAUUUUUUAUCCAACCACUGAGGAGUUUGAAGAUACAAUUGGUUACAUAUCAAAAAUAAGAGCAGUAGCAGAAGCAUAUGGGAUAUGCAGAAUUGUACCUCCUUCUUCUUGGAAACCUCCAUGUCCUUUAAUGGAAAAAAAGUUUUGGGAAGAAGCAAGAUUUUCCACAAGAAUCCAACAAGUUGACUUGCUUCAAAAUCGGGAGCCCAUGAAGAAAAAAAGAGGGAGAAAAAGAAGAAGGAAAACAUACACAAGAAGAUGUCCUAAUCGUUCAGAAGGAGGCUCAGAGUCGAACGCUUCUUCAGACAGUGAUGACAAAUUCGGGUUUCGAUCGGGAUCCGAUUUCACAUUCCAAGAGUUUGAAGAGUUUGCAAAGAAGUUCAAGGAGCAUUAUUUCGGAAUGAAGGAAACACAGGGACUGGAACCGUCAAUUGAAGAAAUCGAGGGUGAAUAUUGGAGAAUAAUCGAACAGCCGACUGAUGAGGUGGAGGUGUAUUACGGGGCGGAUCUUGAAACGGGUGUUUUCGAGAGCGGUUUCCCAAAAAUUUUAGAAAAUAAUGAAUCGGAUCAAUACGUGAAAUCCGGUUGGAAUUUGAAUAAUUUUCCAAGAUUAGCGGGGUCCGUUUUAUCUUUCGAAGGAUGUGAUAUUUCGGGUGUUUUAGUCCCUUGGUUAUAUGUUGGCAUGUGCUUUUCCUCUUUUUGUUGGCAUGUUGAAGAUCACCACCUAUAUUCGGUAAACUAUAUGCAUUGGGGCGACCCGAAAAUGUGGUAUGGAGUACCCGGAAGCCAUGCGAAUGCGUUGGAAGAUGCAAUGAGGAAGCAUCUACCUGAUUUAUUCAAGGAACAACCAGAUCUACUCCAUCAACUCGUUACUCAAUUGAGUCCUAAAGUUUUGAAGUCUGAAGGGGUCCCGGUUUAUCGAGCUUCUCAGUGUUGUGGAGAAUUUAUUGUUACUUUUCCAAGGGCUUAUCACGCGGGAUUCAAUUGUGGUUUUAACUGUGCGGAGGCUGUCAAUGUGGCGCCUGUUGAUUGGCUGGAACAUGGACAAGGUGCAGUGGAGGUGUACAGUCAGCAAAGACGCAAAACAUCAAUAUCUCAUGACAAGUUGUUAUUAGCAGCAGCGAGAGAAGGGAUUAGGGCUUUAUGGGAAGUUUCAUUUUUGAAUAAACAAACUUCUGAAAAUUUAUAUUGGAAACGCGUUUGUGGGAAGAAUGGGAUACUCACCAAUGCUGUCAAGGGGAGAGUUGAAAUGGAGAUAAAAAGGAUCGAGCACCUUCAAACUAGUUUUCAGUUUCAAAAAAUGGAAGAUGACUUUGAUACAACUAAUGAAAAAGAAUGUUAUCUAUGUUUUUAUGACUUGCACAUGUCAGCAGCCACCUGUACAUGUUUGCCAGAUGGAUUCGCGUGUCUAAAACAUGCAAAUCUUUUAUGUUCUUGUGAUCCCAAACAACGUGUGGUUUAUCUCCGUUAUACCCUCAAUGAAUUGACCACACUGGUGAAUUCACUCGAGGGUAACUCAGAUGCCCUACAAAAAUGGGCAUCUGAAAAGUUUCAAUUAGACCCCAAGAGGGCGUUUUCAGAAGACCAUAAAUGUUUGUCUUCAGUUCCUGUAAAGGAAGAAGCUUUUGAUAUGUGUGUGAAUGAAGAGAUGAAAGUGGGACAUGGGUGCUCGAUAGAUUUGAAUCUUGAUAACAUUGGUUCAACAAAAGUGGAGAAGAAUAAUGAUGAAUUUGAUGAUAUUAAGGUUGAAGUUGUAAACGUUGGAUCAGUAGCUUUUGGGAAACUAUGGUGCAAUAAUCAGGCGAUAUUUCCGAAAGGAUACCGAAGCCGAGUAAAAUACUUGAGUUUUCUCAAUCCUCGGGAAAUGAGUAGCUACAUUUCAGAAAUUCAUGAUGGUGGACUAAUUGGACCUCUUUUUAAGGUUUUUUUAGAAGAAUGUCCGAAUGAGAGCUUUAUGGAGGUGUCAGCAGAUAAAUGCUGGGAAUUAGUGCUACAGAGGCUAAAUCAAGAAAUGUUGAAAAACAGUGAGUUGGCAUCAGGUGACGUGAGGCUGCCACCUGGCGUUAAUGGGCUUGAAAUGUUCGGGUUAUCGUCUCUAGACAUUAUUCAGGCAAUUGAGGGUCUUGAUGUGGAGCAUAGGUGUGUUGAGUAUUGGAAGAAUAAAUUCAACUCAAAUGGUAGAGAAGAAUAGAUGCUGAUUUUGAUGAGGUUGACCUUGACCAUUGACUUGUUAGGAUAAUUCUUUCAAUAGAAAAAUCUUAGAUCAUAUCCAAGUAGAAAGAAAUUCAACUUAUAUAGGUUUUCUUGUUUUAGAACAGUUGCUAGCAUUAGCAUACAUCUCUUUCAUUUUCUCAUUCAUGAAACAAAAUUGAAUAAAAGUAAAAGAAAAAGGUACUUGGAAAUUUACAUAUGGGAUUCUUACAAGUAUUUUCUUUGUUUUAUGUCCCACCUAAAAAGUGAGACAAGAACUUGCUCC